AUGCCUUUUGGGGGGUUUGCAGGGCUGAAGGAGCAGAUUCUGAAACCAGGGAAGGAGGAGGUGAAGAAUAUGGUAGGAGACGGCCUGGGGAACCUGCAGAGGAAAAUCGAUGGCACCAAUGCGGACGAGGAGGACCAGAUGGAGCUGACAGAGGACGCGGAACAGGUGACCCCUCGCCACAGUGCCCCUCUGUUUGAUUGCGGGUGCUGCGGCCUGCCCAAGCGCUACAUCAUCGCCAUCCUCAGUGGACUGGGUUUCUGCAUCUCCUUUGGCAUCCGCUGCAACCUGGGGGUGGCCAUCGUGGAGAUGGUCAACAACAACACAGUCUACAUUAAUGGGACACCUGUACUCCAGCCAGCUCAAUUCAACUGGGACCCAGAGACUGUGGGACUGAUCCAUGGCUCCUUCUUCUGGGGUUACAUCGUCACACAGAUCCCUGGAGGCUUCAUCUCUAACAAGCUGGCCGCCAACAGAGUGUUUGGGGCGGCCAUUUUCCUCACGUCCAUACUGAAUAUGUUCAUCCCGUCAGCAGCCAGGAGGCACUACGGCUGUGUCAUGUUAGUCCGCAUCCUACAAGGCUUGGUGGAGGGUGUUACCUACCCAGCAUGCCAUGGGAUGUGGGCCAAAUGGGCUCCUCCCCUAGAGAGAAGUCGUCUGGCCACCACCUCAUUCUGUGGUUCAUAUGCAGGUGCUGUGAUUGCCAUGCCUUUAGCAGGAGUACUGGUUCAGUUCGUUGGAUGGCCCUCAGUCUUCUAUAUCUAUGGUGUAUUUGGGAUCAUAUGGUACAUCUUCUGGCUCCUGCUUGCCUAUGGGAGCCCAGCCGCCCACCCCACUAUAAGCAAUGAGGAGAGGAUCUACAUAGAGACCACCAUUGGCGAGGGGGUCAAAAUAUUGAGCGCCACUGAGAAAUUCAAGACUCCAUGGCUCCGUUUCUUCACCUCCAUGCCUGUCUAUGCCAUCAUCGUGGCUAACUUCUGCCGUAGCUGGACCUUCUAUCUGCUCCUGAUCAGCCAGCCGGCCUAUUUCGAGGAGGUGUUCGGCUUCUCUAUCGGCAAGGUGGGGCUCCUGUCUGCUGUUCCUCACAUGGUGAUGACCAUCGUAGUGCCAAUCGGUGGCCAGCUGGCCGACUUCCUACGCAGUCGUAAAAUCAUGUCAACUACAAAUGUCCGGAAAAUCAUGAACUGCGGAGGUUUUGGAAUGGAAGCCACUCUGCUGCUGGUGGUGGGUUUCAGUCACACACGUGGUGUUGCCAUCUCCUUCCUGGUGUUGGCUGUGGGCUUCAGUGGCUUUGCCAUCUCAGGGUUCAACGUAAACCACUUGGACAUUGCCCCUCGCUAUGCCAGUAUCCUAAUGGGCAUCUCCAAUGGCGUUGGUACACUGUCUGGAAUGGUGUGCCCCCUUAUCGUUGGAGCACUGACUAAACACAAGACCCGUCUGGAGUGGCAACACGUGUUUGUGAUUGCCGCCAUGGUGCACUACACGGGGGUCAUCUUCUAUGCUGUCUUUGCCUCGGGCGACAAGCAGGACUGGGCCGACCCAGAGAGCACCAGCGACGAUAAGAUUGGCAUCAUCGACGAAGAUGAGCUGGCCGAAGAGACGGAGCUCAACAGCGAGAUUGCCAUGGCACCCAAGAAGAGCUAUGGAACCGCAGAGAACCCAUCGAGCUGGAAGAAGAAGAGUGGAGUCACCAUGCAGCAGGAUGAGGAUGAUGGGAACUCCCAGGAGCAGUAUCAGUGAUGUGCCCUAAGUAUCAGGGGCAUUGGCUGUCCUUGUUCUUCACCUUUAUCCUGAAGCGUGCACUUGCACACUUUCUCACAUGGCUUCAACAAUGGUGGAAACUCCCUCCAGCCAAGCCUUUCACCAAUCCUAUGCUUUAAUAUCCAUGUGGCGUGUGCAAAUACCCACUUCUGGAAAAGGGUAGAAAACCGAGACACAAAAUUAUCUCUAAUGACCCCCUCCCUUUUCGAUAUAUAGUGCACUACUACUACAGGGAAUAGGGUGUCACUUGAGAAGCACUGCAGGACUUCCCCUUCUCGUCGACAUCAAGUGAAUGAAGGGUAUAGUGACAUACUUAGGGCGCUGUUCAAAAAUAAUUGACUCUUGGAAAGGGGGUCAUUUGAGAGGACUUUGCCUUCACGUCAACAUCCAGUAAAGGAAGAAGGGUCAAAUUCACACAGAGCGGCAGAACUAUCAGUGGUCAUUCUUCUGAGAAGUUACUAAAUACGUUUCAGCAGCAAUUGGUCAAUUACCACAAACUUGCUUUUUGUUGUUGUUUGGUCAUUUUGUCCAUUUGACGGUUUUACCUCGUACUGAGACAUCUUUACGUUAUCGUGUGGUCCCUGAUGAUGUCACAUUUCACUAACCAGGUGUUGCGUCUGAGGCUGAGUAAGUGGUGUCAAUUGAGAAAGAAAUUAGACACAUUUUUCUGGUAGGAACUCACAGAUGAAGGUACAUUACAAUUUGUAUAAUAUAAAAAUAAAUAUAU